UUUCCCCAAGUUUGUAUAUAAUCUCAACUUCAUCUCUACCAAAUUCUCUCUUUUGUGGGUUUGAAAUAAAUCAAUAAUCAAUGGCAUCAUCCUUCACCGCAUCCGCUCCCAAUUCAUCCAUCACUAUUCUCCACAAAAGAUCACCACUUCUUCAACCUUUCGCCGUGUUGGGAUUGCCAGCAAUGUCUAAGACAAAGGGGAAGAUGAUCAUCAAGUGUGAGAUGGAAAUGGAAGAUGGGAACAAGGGUUCAAGUGCAAAAACCAAGGGUGUGGCUUUGCUGGCGGCGGCGAGUGCGGCGGCGCUGUCGAGCCCGGCCAUAGCUCUGGUGGACGAAAGGAUGAGCACGGAAGGGAUUGGACUUCCGUUUGGACUGAGCAAUAAUUUGUUGGGUUGGAUUCUUUUGGGUGUUUUUGGUUUGAUUUGGACAUUGUAUACUGUUUAUACAGGAACAUUGGAUGAAGAUGAUGAUUCUGGAUUGUCUCUCUAGAAAUUCAUAAAUUUUUAUUGUAAGACAAACUAUGUAUAUUUUUGUAGUUUUAUUUUAUUUGUAAUUGCAAUUAUUCAAUAAUAAUCAUAUCUUCCACUUAAUAAUCA